AUGUCCGAUCGUUUCGCCGGCUCCUCGUCCCUUCUGCAGCCGCUUUUCGGAGAAUUUCUCCACUGGAGUUCCACGUGUAAUCGGUAACCUCGUCUAAACCAGACUUGCCAAAUUACGGGCCGGCCCGGCUCAAAAGGCGCGAAUUCAAAUUUUUGGGGGAAAUCUAUUUUUUCGUUUUUUUGCGGAGAUCAAAAUUUAAAAAAAAAACUACGACACUCCGACAUUACGGUCGCGCGCGCUCUUUACGCUGCUGUGAUGCCAAUAAAAACUAUUUUUGAGAACUACAUUUCUUUUUUAUGCUCGAUACUUGCAAAAUUCGUUAGUUCUACGAAAAACAAACAUUUUAUUUAAUCAAUAGUUCAAAAUUUGGAUUCCCGCUUUUUGAACCGGCCCGUGGCAACUCUGGUCUAAACUGUCAAAUCCUGACAAAUCUGACUUUUUCAGCGUCUCUCUCGACCCUAAAUACUUUGAUUUUGUGCUCGCCCUCGUCAUUUCGCUCACUUUUUUUCUCACAUUUUAUCUGAUUCUCUGGUCGGAUUUCUGGAUGGCCGCGCAACGAAUCGGUGAGGUUUUGGGGCAGAAAAAGUAGAAGAACUUAAAGUUUCAGAUCCCAAAAAGCGAAUUUUCCGUCCGGAAACCGAAGAAUCCAACUAA